UUCGUCGAGUGGUCGACGAUAGUCCAUUCCUGACACACGAGGCGGCUAGCAGUCGCGAUAGUGAAUGAGCCGACGCCGCCCAAACAGUGUGCGCACACAAUGAAUACCGUCCGUUCGUGUUUCGCCACCAUAGUCGCGUUUCUCGUUGUCGCGAUCGGUUGGUGGGCCGCUGACGCUGUGGUCUGUUGCAGCAGUAGUUCAGUCGCAAGUGGCGGCGGAGACCUUGUCGCGUCAUGCCAGUACAAAAAUAGGACGUUCCAUACGGUCGGGGCAUUCGGUGGUGGCACGUGCGAUGACAACCGGACAGUCGUGCCUAUCCGGAAGUGCUGUCCGCUGGGCCAGUCGUACGGUUUGUACGACGUGUGUGAACCGUCCGGGGCAGACGGCGGCGAGCAAAUGCUUCGGAUGAUGCAGCUACUGAGGGAUAAAUCCCGGGUGGUGGCCGAUGCGGUGAUGGUUAGUUAUAAUUAUGAAGUACUACCGUGUGGCGGCCCGAACGAGCUAAUCUACUUAAAUGCCUACGAAAUAUAUCUCGAUGCUCUGGCGAAUGACGGGCUUCUGGAUGGUUACUGCUUCGACCUGGAUCCAUCCAAUGAGCUGGUGGCCCUGAUGUGCAGGCGAAGCCAAUAUUGCCUCGAUACCACAUGCGUCCCCAGGUGCUGCAAGGGCGACCGGAUGAUGGUCGAUGGCCCCAAUGGUCCGGAGUGCACGGUGAAUGAGAAGCCGUUCAGGAUGUUCGCCUAUUUAACAAACGAGGGCGGCACUCCAGUGUACCAGUCGAAGUAUAUCCGUCCCCCUUCUAAGGCACUGUCGAACAAGAAGGUGGAGCCAUACUAUGCAAAAUUCAAAUGUUCACACAGAGACAUGCUGGAAUACGGGUUCCAGUUGACCGAACAUGGCAACCUUUACCUUACCUACGAAGACCACCUCGUACUGCAAUCGAAAUACUGCGUGGGGUAUUCACAGGGAAUAGUGACCGACACCAUAGUGGCGUACAUAUGCGACGCUGACACCGUGUUUAUGGACAAACGUUCUGCACGUGCCAGCUCGAUUCACUUAUUCUAUCGGGCGAGUUACGUGGCAUCUGCCGUGUGCCUGGCGCUCACGCUGCUCGUGUACAACAUACUGCCAAGCCUCCGGAACAACCGCAACUACUACGUCAAGUGCUACAUGAGCCACCUGUUCGUAUCGUACAUCUGCGUAAUUGCCCAAAUAAAUAUGGAAAACAAACAAGGCCAUACGUGCUUUCUAUUCGGUUAUAUUACUUUAUUUGUAUUUCUGUCAACAUUAUGCUGGUUAAACGUAAUAUGCUUCGAUAUUUACUGGAUGAUAAGGUACAACAUGUCAACAAACAGAAAUACAUCAACAUCAGUACGUACCAUUAUGUACUAUUUUUACUGUUGUGGAAUUCCAAGUAUUUUCGUAUGUACUGGUUUUUUUUUGGAAUAUUCACAAGAUGAAUCGCUACGGAGUUUUGCACCCAAUUUUGAUGCGUAUGGUUGCUUUUACUACAGUAAGUUCACACAAUUUUUUUUAAAUUAAUUAAUUUCGACGGAUAAUUUUAGAUCGGUGUACAUGUUAAUAUUUUAAGACCACAAUAUUAUGUAAUCAUAGGCGUUUCCAUGAUUUUAUUUCUGGUGCAGAACAUUUAAUUACACAUUUAAUACAAAAUACUCAUACAUUCCUAAAGUCGGAUAGGGAAGUCGAUAAAAUAUAGGAUAAAAUGGCCGCAAUAUCGUAUUACAUUUUUUAUGACAGCUAUAUAAUAGAAUACUGUCGACAAAUGCCAUAAAGUCAUUAUUA